AUGGCGCCCCCUCCGAGCAACGAAACGAAGAUAGAAGAAGCGCAGAAGCUCAUCAAAUCGGAUCCUGCCAAAGCGGAAGCCCUUUUCAAAGAGGUGUUGGUGAAGCCACCAGGGACCGGGGAAAGCGCACAGCGAAGCUAUGAGAAUGCACUGGUCGGAUUAGGCGAGCUGUAUCGGGAUGGAAAGCGUCCGGAUGACCUCCGGCAACUCGUCGAAGACAAGCGAUCAGCGUUCUCAUCGUAUGCUAAAGCGAAGACCGCCAAACUUGUCCGGCAGUUACUUGACUAUUUCAACGAUGUUCCAGACUCUCUCGAGACCCAGAUCUCCACAACCAAGUCAUGUAUCGAAUGGGCCUCGUCUGAACGAAGAUCAUUCCUCCGACAGAACCUUGAGACUAGGUUAGUAGGGCUCUACAUGCAGAAACAGUCCUACUACGACGCCCUGACGUUGAUCAAUGGACUACUCCGGGAACUGAAGCGGAUGGACGACAAACUUGUCUUGGUUGAAGUGCAACUGCUGGAGUCAAGAGUGUACCAUGCGCUCACCAACCAGCCCAAAGCCAGGGCUGCUCUUACGUCUGCAAGAACAUCAGCCGCCUCGGUCUACACACCUCCUGUGCUGCAAGCUGGCCUAGACUUGCAAAGUGGCAUGCUCCACGCGGAGGAUAAAGACUUCAAUACUGCCUUCUCUUACUUCAUCGAGGCUCUGGAGGGCUACCACUCACAGGAUGACCAUGCACGUGCCACGUCGACUCUUCAGUACAUGCUUCUCUGCAAGAUCAUGCUCAACUUGGUCGACGACGUCAAUUCUAUUCUUGCAUCAAAACAAGCGCAAAAGUAUGCUGGGACCAACCUCGAGGCGAUGAAGGCUGUUGCGCGAGCACACGCAAACCGGUCGCUAGACGAAUACGAGCAGGCGCUUAGCAACUACCGAUACGAGCUAGGCAGCGACGUUUUCAUCCGGAACCACCUCCGCAGACUGUAUGAUGCCAUGCUGGAAGCCAACUUGGUCAAGGUCAUCGAGCCAUUCUCACGAGUAGAGAUUGACCAUGUCGCUAAGAUGGUCGGUCUGGACACGCAACAAGUGGAGCGCAAACUCUCGCAGAUGAUUCUCGACAAGGUCAUCAUCGGCGUGCUGGACCAGGGUUCUGGGUGCUUAAUUGUGUACGAUGAGGUGGAGCGGGACGCUGGCUACGAUGCGGCGCUGGAAACUAUUGAGAAGCUGUCAAGCGUGGUGGAUGUUCUGUUCACGGGCAAGGCUGCAUCCCUGGAAUGA